AUGGCGAUGGCUGCUGUGGCGGUCUCAGAGAUGGACAGUCUGAUCUCGCAACCAUCACAAUGUUGGCGUCGGUCUAGAUUAUGGGCCUAUGACUAUGCUAUCCGUGCGGAUCUAACUGAUCCUCGCACUGUCCCUGCGAUGAAUAAGGGGGCGUUUAAUGAUCUGGAAUAUGAUGAAAGUUGA